UAUAAAAUAAUAUGCAUAUCAGCGGAUUUAUCGGUUUAUACGCCACGUAUUUGUAUAAUAUUUUAUAGUAGUGUUAGUGAGCACAAAAGAUGCGGUUGUCUCAUUGGAUGGCUUUGGCCGUCCUUUUCGGAGGUACGGUAACCGGUGAUAUUGUCAACGAACUACCUCCAGAAGAGUUCGACGUCAAAAUCGGCGAAACAGUAGCCGUUUCCAUCGCAUCAAAUGAUGGAUUCACUAAUACCGAGUGUCUAAUUCAGACUCCAGAUGGCGGGCCACAUUCUCUUCAAGAACUUGACUUUAUUGAUGUUAUAACCGAAGCGGGGGUUGAUUGCAGCAUUAAGAUUAAAGUAACCGAAGAGAUAGAAGGCGCCUGGACUCUUAUUAGCCGAGCCACGUCGUUCGGUAGUCCUGUGAAGAGAACAUUACCCUUCACUAUCAAUAUAGUUCCAGGUGAACACGAUGAAUCUGAUGAUGAAAAAACAGAAUCAGAAGAAGAAAAAGAAAAAGAAAAAGAAUCAGAAGAAAAACAAGAAACGGAUGAAGACGAUGGCAAAACUAUAUGGUUAACUGAAAUCAGACGCUUCACGAGAACUGAACAAAUCGUUGAUGUGUCAUUACCGAACAUUGGAUACGAUGAAAUAUGCACUGUCAUUACUCCUGACAGAAAAACCAUUACGGCCGCAGAAAUAGAAAUUCCAGGAGUUAAAGUACAAAGUAAAAGCGUUUUUGUUUCGUGUAGAAUCAGUAUCGGGCCGCUGAAGUCAAAUUUACUGGGCAAGUGGACUCUCUGUGGAAGACGAGAUGGUGCUGAGGAGCGAAGAUGUCAGGUCGUCACUAUUGAAUGGAACAGUGAGAACGCACCCCAUGCGUUAUGGGACUCCAGAACUCAGCCUCUUUUCAACCAUCCCGUCAAUCUCAAUGGAAUUUUGACACCGGUCGUUAUAGGUUCAGGAUCUUUGUUAACGUGCCAUAUUGUUACGCCAAAUGGUGAAGAUUUAGUCGUCUUACCAGAGACGAAAUACCCUGGCAUCAUCCGCGCAGAAUCCGGUACAACGGGUUGUAGUAUCGCAAUUGGUCCCAUAACACAGGAUAUGUUGGGACAAUGGGAACUUUAUGGAAUGUUUAGAUCAGUGCUAGGACUGAAUGAAGUCCGUUUGCCUAUGAACUUUGAGUUGUAUGAUACUGACAACCCUUACAACCAAGCUUACAAUUUAACUGUUUUGGAUGCAAAAAGACAUGUGAUCAAUUUGGGUUCUACAAUAUCAGUAGAAGUUAGCGGUCACGGAACAAUGGACAACUGUGAAUUUGUUGCUCCUUCAGGGCAAGCUUAUCAAAGUACUGGCAAGAACAAUUUCGAAGGAGUUCAGUUUGUAAAUGUAGACGGCAUUACAGCUUGCCGUAUCUCGAUCGGUCCCAUUACCGAAGUAAUGCUUGGGAAAUGGCAAAUUGUCGGGAAAUUCAAUGAUGGAAAUAUAUUUAACGAGAGACAAUUGCCUUUUGAAGUCAUACGCGAAGAUCCUGCAAAUCCUAUUGACGACGUUGACAGAAUUGUAACCACGAUUGACGAUAGGAAAUACGAUACUGAAAUCGGCGCGACUCACGAGAUCAUCAUAAAUCGUGGAGACUUCAUUAAAAGUGAAUCCUGUCAGAUCAGGACACCUUCGGGAAGACAGUACACCUUAAUGGAUGGCUUCAACCUACAAGGGAUAGAGAUUAUAGAAGAUACGAAUGUGGAAUGUGGAAUAAGAAUGACUGUGCUAUCUGAAGAUAUGGUCGGCGAAUGGGUGCUAAUUUCAAAAGUUACGAUGCUCUCUGAUCCUAUGGAAAGAAGACUCGUGUUUAAAAUUCACAUUGAAGAGCGCGUCGAACCUAAUUCUGCAAGCAUUACAAUAACUGAAGGCAACGAUUUAUACCUUAGACUGAAGAAUCCAGUAGACAAACAAGACACCUGCAAACUCAUUGCUCCUAACUCACGUGCUUUCGAAAUAGAUGAACCAAACGCGAGACUGUGUGGAUUCUUGGCUAGAGCCGUUUCGGAUCAGGAUAGUGGAGAAUGGGAAAUACAAUAUGGAGAUACAAUUUUAUACAGAGCUGUAAUAAAUGUUAAUGUUGUCGAAAGAAGUACAAUACAAGUGCAAGAUUUAACAAUAAUUGAAGGUAGUAAGCUGAUUACGGAAAUCGGUCCAGAUGAUUUGGUGUUUUGUAAACUAGAAGAUCCAUUAGGCAUGACCGUAUAUGAAGGUUUCGGCAGAUGCGUGAUCCGUGUCGAUCGAGCGACAAGAAACCAUAAUGGCAAAUGGAAGAUGUCUAUUGGAUUACAAGGGCGUAUUCUACUUGAAGAACUCACUUUUACAGUUCACGUUAGAAGUGCAGGAUCCAGACAAGUACAGACUUCCGUGCGCAGGGAACGUCCUUCGGUGGUCAUAUCAUGUUCGCUUACGAGCAACGUCGAAGUCCGCGCUUGUAAGUUCCGCGAUCCCCGCGGCAAAGUCCUGAUCGCUUCACGCGGAGUCGGAGAGGACAGAUACGCUUACCACGGCUCCGAAGUGACCUACAAGUCCGACUUGUCCAGCCACGAGUGCGGGAUCCGACUGACGAACCCUUCGGAGGAAGACCUGGGUCUGUGGCGCUGCGGCAUGGAAACUGAAACCGAGACUCACUAUGGCUUUCUACCGGUUAUUUGUCCUUGGUUACUGGACACAUCGGAAAUCCAAGACAAGGUUGUCACUGAGCCAAUCCUGAGUGCGGAUACAAGUUACGUGUCGUCUCCUGAAGGUCAGGCCGUUGUGAUGUCGUGCUCUGUGUCCGCUACGAUACAAUACUGUUACUUCAGGGCACAAAACGGAACAGUAUUCAGUGUUACUCCUGGCGCCACCUCUACCUACACUGAGUAUGUAGGCAAUGGCUUCGCUGCCGGCGAGUGUGGAGUCAGGUUUGAUGGCUUGUUGACGACUGAUGGCGGUCGAUGGAGUUGCCACGUGGGACUUUUGGACACUGAGCAGGAACAACGGGCGGAGAUCACUCUUCAUAUUUUCGAGCAAAUGAGAGUUAGGCAUUACAUCCAUCCGCGCGGCCUGAUGGUGGAAGCCGACGUUGAGACGCCUGAAGAGUUGGAGUACUGUAGAUUCGUGCGCAUAGACGGUCUAGGAUUCACAAGUGAAAAUGUACCGAACGGUUACCAGAGCAUGAGUAAUCUUCAGGAAGGUCUGUGCGCACUGUUGAUGCGUGACCAGACAACGCUGAACCUUCACCCCUGGACUGUGGCCGCUAAGGUUCACGGGCAGACGGAAAUAAUGAGAACCAGCACCCAGAACUUGCUGUGGACCUUAAGCCAGAGGACCGCCACGGUCUAUUCGAUAUACUUGUUCACCGUGGUGAUGUUCAUUCUGCUGGCGACGGUGCUGGUGGGAGUCAGCCUCGGCCCCAAGAAGAACAGGAAGUGGACGUACGACCGGGUCUCGCGUUUGAGUACCAAUAUCAGGAACAGCUUCCGGAAACAGAAACCCGUUGGCGGCGUUUAGAAGAACGAAAAACAACAAAAAAAAGAACAAUUUUUGCCGCGAGUGUUCUUAAAAUAAAUAUACCGUGGAAAAAAAAAUUGAUAUAUAUCGUAUUCUCGCAUUAAAACUAUAUAAUCUCAAAACUUACUAAUUUUACUAGGAGAGUGUUUUUUUGAUAUUAAUCAUCUUUCCAGCAUUUUUUUUUACCAGUUACAUUACCUCUCUUUUAAAGUAAGAUCAAAUUAUGUAUUAAUUUUCUUAAUAGUAUUCAAAACAUAGGUAAACUACAAAAAAAAAAAAAACUAAACUACACUCUUUUGACAGUAUUUAUUGUAUGUAAAUUGUACACUUUUAAUGGGAAAAGACGAUAUAUAAAAGUCGUUUAUAAAAAAUAUAUAUACAUUAAAAAAUAUAUUUAUAUCAAGUGCCUGUUGUCUUUAGAAGAUUCCGUAUUUAGUCUUAAUCAAAUCAUUAAUGACGGUAGCGUUUAGACAGCGUAAAACAACUGUGCAUAAUAAUAUAUUUGAGUGUGGAUCAAUAGCCCACUGAGUUUCUCGCUGGAUCUUCUCAGCGGGUCGCGAUUCCGAUCCGGUAGUAGAUUUAUUCGCGAAGCAACUACUCUUGAGUUGUCAGGUCUUCUUCGGAGGCGCUCGGGCAGCUGUUAGCAAAUCCCACCCCUCCUGGCUGAGUCUUUGCUCGCCCACCUGUCCUAGUGAAACUGAAAGUCCUCCGGGCCACCGGUAAUCCUUCAAUCAUAAAAAAAUACAUGCUUGCUACCAAAUACAUUAUAAGUAGCUGGUACGUAUGUACAUAUGUAUGCGAAUUAUACGCGCGGCUUCUUCGUCGCUUUCUUCAUUGCUGCAGGUCGUGUCCCUGAAACUUGACCGUGGCCUGUCUCGUUAGCUGUUUCCAUCUCGUCCGGUCCUCAGCUUCUCGAAUGGCGGUUGCGACUGGCAGCCCAGUUAGGGCGGUUAUUUGAUCACAACAACGGCUAGGUAAUCGGCCGCGGGGUCUCUUUCCUUCUGCUUUGCCCGUCACAAUCACUUUGUCCAAGUUAUCUGACUGUCGGCGGGCAAUAUGACCGAAGUAGCUGAGGAUCCUCUGUUAACAGAUUGUUGAGAGCCUGACUCGAAUGCGAAGCUGAUCCAGGAUAGAUUUAUUUGUCCUCUUGGCCGUCCGAAAAACGCGUUCGCAUAGCUGUAUUGCGAUCGGUUUUAAAUAAACCCGACACAGCUUAAGGAAGCUGGAGGUAACACUAUCUGUGUAUGAAAAAGUAUCCAGUGGAAAACUAUCAAUUUAAAGUGGAAUCACUGUAGUAAGUGGUUUAAUAUGAAAGAUUGGGCCAAAAGUUAUUUCGCAAUUUUUUUUUUUUCUACCUAUUCACUGGUAGCCUUAAGGGCUAUUUCAGCUUCUCGCGGACGGGUAGGUGAGCUCAUGAGCUCAACCUGAGAGAAUUUGCUAACACUAGCCCUAGCUAGAGCAAAUAUUUGUACUCAGAACUUGCUAUACUGGCGAUAUUUUAUGGGUUUUUUUGCGGCUGGACAAUUUUCAAAAACUUUCAUUCAAACACAUCACACAGUUCUCUUUUCCUUUAUCCUCCAUACAACAAGACUUAAAAUUGUCGUUACUCAACCGUCUGCGUGUUGAAUUUCAAUUACACACUCAUUAUAAUGUAAAGUGCCCUUCGUUGCUUAGUUUACAACACCGUACAGAAAUAUAUAUCAUAAUUGUGUUUGUUGACAAUUCAUUUAUACAAUUUGUAAUAAAUACAUUAUUUGUUUUAA